AUGGAUGUGCUCAGCCCCGGCAGGGGCAACAACACUACGUCGUCCCAGGGUCCCCUCGGGACAGGCAGCAAUGCCACUGGCAUCUCCGACGUGACCUUCAGCUACCAAGUAAUCACCUCCCUGCUGCUGGGCACGCUCAUCUUCUGCGCGGUGCUGGGCAAUGCGUGCGUGGUGGCUGCCAUCGCCCUGGAGCGCUCCCUCCAGAACGUGGCCAACUAUCUCAUCGGCUCUCUGGCGGUCACCGACCUCAUGGUGUCCGUGCUGGUGCUCCCCAUGGCCGCGCUGUACCAGGUGCUCAACAAGUGGACUCUGGGCCAGGUCACCUGCGACCUGUUCAUCGCCCUCGACGUGCUGUGCUGCACCUCAUCCAUCCUGCACCUGUGCGCCAUCGCACUGGACAGGUACUGGGCCAUCACGGACCCCAUCGACUACGUGAACAAGAGGACGCCCAGGCGUGCCGCCGCGCUCAUCUCGCUCACUUGGCUCAUUGGCUUCCUCAUCUCCAUCCCGCCCAUGCUGGGCUGGCGCACCCCGGAAGACCGCUCCGACCCUGACGCGUGCACCAUCAGCAAGGACCACGGCUACACCAUCUACUCCACUUUCGGCGCUUUCUAUAUCCCGCUGCUGCUCAUGCUGGUUCUCUAUGGGCGCAUCUUUCGCGCCGCGCGCUUCCGCAUCCGCAAGACUGUCAAGAAGGUGGAGAAGAAAGGCGCAGACACCCGUUUUGGAGCUUCGCCGGCCCCACAACCCAGAAAGAGCCUGAACGGAGAGCCAGGGAGCAGAGACUGGAGGCAGGGCGUGGAGAACAAGGGUGCGGGGCUUUCGUGCGCCAACGGCGCGGUGAGACAGGGAGACGAUGGCGCCGCCCUGGAGGUGAUCGAGGUGCACCGGGUGGGCAACUCCAAGGAGCACCUGCCGCUUCCUAGCGAGGCCGGUGCCGCCGCCGGUGCCCCUGCCUCCUUUGAGCGGAAAAAUGAGCGCAAUGCCGAAGCCAAGCGCAAAAUGGCCCUGGCCCGUGAGAGGAAGACGGUGAAGACACUGGGCAUCAUCAUGGGCACGUUCAUCCUCUGCUGGCUGCCCUUCUUCAUAGUGGCCCUGGUCCUGCCCUUCUGCGAGAGCAGCUGCCACAUGCCCACGCUGUUGGGCGCCAUCAUCAACUGGCUGGGCUACUCCAACUCUCUGCUCAACCCUGUCAUUUAUGCCUACUUCAACAAGGACUUUCAAAACGCCUUUAAGAAGAUUAUCAAGUGCAAGUUCUGCCGCCGAUGA